CCACCACGAGCAACGCCGUUCUUGAAUAUUGGCAUGGCAUAGUCCGCUACCUACCCAAUACCACUUCCUCAGUGUUCCAAACGGCCGGGAGCUCCCCACAGCAUGUCGCAAUCACUCCGCCCAUACCUCCAAUGCGUGCGAUCCUCGCUCACGGCCGCCCUCUCCCUGUCGAACUUUGCAUCGCAGGCGUCCGAAAGGCACAAUGUUCCCGAGAUUGAGGCCGCGAGCUCCCCGGAGGUGCUGCUCAACCCUCUCACCGUGUCGAGAAAUGAGAACGAAAAGGUCUUGAUCGAACCCAGCAUCAACAGCGUGCGGAUAAGCAUAAAGAUAAAGCAGGCGGAUGAGAUAGAGAAUAUUCUGGUGCACAAGUUCACGCGCUUCUUGACACAGCGAGCGGAGGCAUUCUUCAUUUUGCGGAGGAAACCGGUCAAGGGCUAUGACAUUUCGUUCCUGAUCACGAACUUUCACACCGAGGAGAUGCUAAAGCACAAGCUUGUCGACUUCAUAAUCCAGUUCAUGGAGGAGGUGGACAAGGAGAUAUCGGAGAUGAAGCUUUUCCUAAAUGCUAGGGCUCGUUUCGUAGCUGAGUCCUUCCUUACUCCGUUUGACUGAGCUUCUCGGGAGGAUUACCAUGUGGAUUGAAUUCAAUCAGAAGCUGUGGGCAUCGACCCCUUCUAAGCUUGGGACCCAGCGAAGCGUCUGGACAAUGGUCUAGGACAUGAUAGACUGGGCGCUAUUAUGCAGAUAGAGCUAUGCGGGAUUCAUCGAGCCUUGAUAGGAGCCGCUCGCCAUCUUGAGACAACAAGCUUUUCAGUACUUUGGUUUCUGUGCCUGUUUUGUGGCUCUACCAGC